CAGGAUCCGUAUUGUUCACUGCAGAGCUGCUGCACGCUGCCUUCCUGUGUCUCUGUGUAUGUGCGACUUAGUAUUGCAAAAGAAAAAUGCCUGCCACCCGCUCCAUGAAACUGGCGGCCCAGCCUCCAUCGACCAGGAUGAGUUUGAGGAGCUUCCGCAGCGUCCCUCUGGUUCCCAUGGAGACGUCCUCUUCUUCCUCUGAUGACAGUUGUGAUAGCUUUGGCUCCGACGGAGGCUUUGCAAACAUGAGGAGCAACUUAAGACCGACGAGGAGGAUGGCAGUGAAACCAAAGGUGUUUAAGGCCUCAUCAGAGGAGGAUACAUGCAGCGGGUUUGAGGACAGUGUGAUCAACAGACGGAUGAAAGCCAUGAAAGUAGACUCUGAACCUCCGAGACGUGGGCGCAGGUCCACCAUCCUGAAGGUUGCCAUGACAUUCCCCACCAAGAAGACGGGCAAGAAGAGGCCUGCAUCCGAACCACUCACUCAAAAAAAAGAACAGGACUCCGACUCUGAGGGAGAGGAGAACUUCAUCAACAAGAGAGCCAUGAAUAUUAAGGAGAACAAAGAAAUGCUGGCCAAGCUCAUGGCAGAGCUGAACAAAGUACCCGGACUUUUCCCAGGACGGGGGUCAAUGUCUGCAUCCACUACGCCUCGACAGGCACCUCGGCGGUCCAUGGGAACUCCCGGAGGUUGCCGGAGAAACAGCGAGCGUUUGUCUCGCCCCCACACACGGUCCCGCACACAAGUGGACGGACCCCCCAGCCCGACCCCAGAAGAAGAGCCCGAGGACAGCUUCAGCCUGGUUCGCAAAAGCCGCUACUUUGAGGAAGUCGACGAGCCGCAGCCGCGUCGCCGUUCCUUCAAUGGUGCCAAGGCCAUCCCUCAUGUAGUGCGGCCUGUGGACGACAUCACAGAGGCAGAGCUGCAGGGCAUCUGCAACAACGUGCGGGAGAAAGUCUACAACAGCUCCACUGGAUCCACUUGCCACCAGUGCCGCCAGAAAACAAUCGACACCAAAACCAACUGCCGUAAUCCAGAGUGUGUGGGGGUCAGGGGUCAGUUCUGCGGCCCCUGUCUUCGUAACCGCUACGGAGAGGAGGUCCACGACGCUCUGCUGAAUCCGGAGUGGCAUUGUCCGCCAUGCAGAGGGAUCUGCAACUGCAGCUUCUGUCGGGCCAGAGAAGGUCGCUGUGCUACAGGAGUGUUGGUGUACCUGGCCAAAUAUCAUGGAUUUGACAAUGUGCACGCCUACCUCAAAAGCUUGAAAAAGGAGCUGGAAGAUAAAGGCGAGUGAGCUGUGGAGGAAGGAGCUCAUCUUGUACCUGACUGAAUCAACUAUUCAUGGUGUUUCAAGCAAUAUAACACAAUGUUAAUUGUUGUUCCUGUUUAUGAAAUUUCACGUGCUUUUUAAGCGUUGACUGACAUCUGGAGGAGGCCCAUGCAGCCAGUUCUCUCCAGCCUAAAAGCUUGCUUUGUUUUUGUUUUCCUGCCUGUUCAAAAGAGCUGAGCUUUUACAUUAAGACUGGUUGACUGUAAACUCAGGUGGACAAAAACAAAUUUUAGGAAUAUGUCUCAUACUUGAUUGUUGUCCAAACAUUCACAUGGGAUCUCAAAUGUUUUAAGACAAAUGAUGUAUAUAUUCACAUAGCAUGGGAUCAUAGAUGAAUCAUCAUCCUCCCUGCUGCAAAAAGUACAUGCUUGUUCAGAUGAUCUUCUGUAUUUUUACAUUGUUUUAAAUGUACAUAUUUUACACUGCCAUCUUGGGAAUGCCUUUUUUUUUUUUUUUUUUUUUUUUUUCUAGUUCCAAAUUAAUGCUUGUGUUUUUACAAGUUUUGUAAAUCUGCUGAAAGUGUAAAUGUAAACAAAAAACCCCAAUAUUUGCUUUAGUUGGGAUGUUCUGCAGCAAUGGCCCAAUGAUCUGCAUGCCAGUGAGGUGGUGCAGGUGGAAAGGGCAUAGACUCUGGGGUCCACUGCCUCUCACUUUUUAAACCGAGAGGAACUGUGUGAUAUACUACAGCGCCUGGUUAAAUAUCCUUCAUUAGAUAACUGUCACUAAUGGUGUGGAAACAAUUAGCACACUCUAAUGGGAAUCUCUUACCUGUAAAUCAUUUUAUCCUGUUAAAGCACAUUCUCGCUCUGCUCCAGUCUCUUUGGCUCAUUUUCUGCCUUACACUGUUAAGUAGGAAUGGUUGAAGGUGCCACUGAAGUGGCAAUAGAGUUAUGGGCUGCAUUUUCUGUUCAGAAGUGCGAUACUCUACACGGAAUGACAUGAAAUUAACCUUUGUGUCGCUCAUCUUUGAAAUGCACUUCAUUCGACCUGCACCAGGACACACUGAUUAUAUGAUACUGUUUCAAAAUAAUCAAUGGCUGAGAUUUCGUCUUCAGUGUAACGGCAGGAGGAGGUUAUCUGACUGCCGCUUGUAUUUAUCAGGCACGGCACUCCUAACAGGAAGAGUGAUGCUGAACUUUUGAUGGGGAUAUCUGUUAUGCUGAUGCUUGAUUUGUGCUCAUUGGGUUAACUGUACAUUUUCAUUAAAGUGUUAAUCGCU